GUGUGCGCUUUUUGUGGAGGCAACCGUAAGAGUAGCAGCAUGAUGUUAAUGUUAGUCAAUGGAUUGGGUAUAUUCAUACUGAGUUUAUACUUGUUGAAUCGUUUUGCCGAUAUAAAACACCAGCGCAUAGUUGUUAUUAUUACAACAUUAAUUGGUUGGUAUACUUCAUUUAUGAUUAUUUUCUUAUUGCCACUGGAUAUCACUCAUGCACUCUACAAGCGAUGUGUAUUGGAAUAUAAUGGACCGACGGCAUCUUCACAAAGAUUUGAAAGUAUUAAUAAUACGGCAACAACAAUUAAUGAUAAUGAUAAUAAUAAUAAUAAUAUUGGUAGUAUGAAUAAUGAUAUUGACAAUGAUUACAAUAGUAAUGAUUUGUGUGGUACAGAUAGAAAUCUAUCAGAUCAUUUUUUGUUGACCACGUGGCGUAUUAUGUACUGGACGUCGCAGUUGUUAACGUGGCUCAUCUUACCAAUAUUACAAAGUUAUUCGAACGCUGGUGAAUUUAGUAUUGUUGGUAAAUUGAGGUCGGCUGCUUAUAAUAAUGUGGUUUAUUAUGGCCUCUAUUUAGGCGUCUUCGUGGCGCUUCUCAUCUAUGCGGCUUCUCAAGGCGUUUCGUUGAAUGCGGAACAUUUGAAAGUGAUCAUCAUAUCAGCAUCGAAUACAUGGGGAUUGUUUGUAUUAGUUGUGCUGUUGGGGUAUGCGCUCGUCGAAGUACCACGACAGUUGAUGUUGAUGGUGAAGAAAGAAUAUAGAUUGAAUAAAACCUAUUUCGAUAUUGAUAAAUUAUCAAGUGAGAAAAACGAAGCUGAAGAGGAAUUACGCGAUGCUUAUCAGAUGUCACGUAGCGUCUUAACGUUACUACGCAAUGAGUAUAUAUUACGUGAGUAUGCGCAAACAAUUCUUGCUAAAUUUCCAACUGAUAUUGUCGCUGAGAUGAAUAAUUCGAAAUAUGGCAGCCAUUUUGCUGCUUCAGCAAUACCGCCCGCUGACGAGAGCAUAGUUACAAGCGAGAAAUAUUUGAUUCGCCUACAUAAACGCGUGAUAAAAGCGAUUCAAAAUCACCAUCGUACUCAAAUGCAAUGGCAAGCUCUGCUGAAGCGUGCCUUUUACUUGGAGGAUGUUCAACGAGCCUUUGAAAUGUACAUUAGUGGUGGGACAGUACAUUAUGAGUUUAGAACCAUCAAAAAAGAACAGGCCUGGUUGCAAAAAUAUCCGCUAUUGAUAAGACGUUUCUGGCUGGUAGAGCAAUACGCUUGGCAUGUUUUAUGCAAAAGAGCAUUACUUAUGGUGAUUGCAACAGUUUCAUUGGCUCUUUCGAUAGUAGUUGCUUGGAGUGAGUGUACGUUCUUUAUUGUUCGUCCAACUCUUUCGCUGGCAGCGCACCUUGUGAAUGAGUUCUAUCGGAUGCACGCGCAUUUGGACAUACCGCUCUUCGUUUUGAUGUUUUAUUUGUGCGUUUGUGCAUACUAUUCAGUGUUCAAAAUGCGUAUUUAUCGUUAUUAUCGAUUGGACAGUCAUCAUAUGACUGACGAAAACAGUCUUCUUUUUAGUGCAACUUUAUUAUGUCGUCUAGCGCCAGCGUUAUGUUUGAAUGUCUUGGGAAUGAUUCAUUUGGAUUCCCAUAUUAGUGACGCUGACAAAUAUUUUGUUGAGACUCAGUUCACGAAGCUUAUGGGUCACUUGGAUGUUAUUCCGAUUCUAGCGAAAGGUAUCAAUAUAUAUCUGCCAAUAUUUGUCUUUCUUAUCGGCCUUGGCACAUACUUGCGAGUUGGUACAUUGUUUCUACACUAUUUGGGAAUUGAUCAGUUUUUUGAUGAUGACGAAAUGAGCGGUGAACUAGUGCAAGGAGGACGAGCUCUGGUCACCAUUGAAAGAAAUAAGUUGCUACGAGAGAUGGAUCGUGAGCAAAGAGAUAAGUAUUGGGCGAAUCGACUCGUUGCUUUGCAUGCAGACGUAUCAAACGAAGGUGACGAGAACUGCGAUGCGAUUGGACUCGUAAUUGAUAAUAAUAAUAGAAGUGAUAUUGAUAAUGAUCAGUCAGUAGCAAACGAUAUGAGCAACAAUAAUAACAGACCAGCAGCAUUAGCCCCGUCUUCAAAUUAUGGUUCAUCUGACAUUAUGGCUAGUCCUCGACCGACGAUUAGUUUUGACGACUUUUGA